CUUCUGCAUCGCCUCCUUUUCGUGAGCUUCAAAACAGCGGGGAAGAAAAGAAAAGAAAAAUCGAUCCAGAUCGGAGAAGCCCAGCGCCGCCCCUCCGCCCGCCGCCGCCGCCGCCGCCGCCUCGCGCAGUCGAGCAGCAUCACAGCGGGAAGGCUUAAUUACCGCCGCUCCACGCGUCGGGCGUCGGCGCCGUGGUCUGAUCCGGCGAGUCGGACCAGGGGCCAGCAGCUAGCUGAUCCGGGGAGUCGGACCAGGGGGCAGCGGCGAGGCGGGGCCUUCGAAGAUGAUGUCGCCGAGGCCCUCCGCCUCUGCCGCACCGGAAGGCGGCGGCGGUGCCUCCACCUCCCGCUCGGUGCCCACGGCGAGGUCAACACCGUUGCAAGUUAUUCAUAUUUUGGGAAACUUUGCUAGAAUUUGGUCUGUGUACUCCCUGUAUAACUACCUGUCUAGUAGUGGGGAUUCAAUGGUCGGCUUCAUCUUCAGUUGCCUUGUACCUGCUUCAGUCAUCUUCCUGGCUUUGCAGAAGCCUUGGAAAGGCCGGCCUCUGCCCAACACACAGGUUGUUCCGACAGUUAUCAAUGGAGGAAUUCUGGCAUUGUACUUCGUGCUGUGGGGUAAAGGACUUCUUGCUUGCGGACCACUUGUCGCUCUGCUGGCGGAGUACGCAGGUGCUGUUCUUGGAGUUCUCUCAGCUGCUUUAUAUGGAAGGAAAGUUAACAUAUGGAAGAAGAUUGGUGGGCUCGCUGCUAUGCUGGUAGCAUACUAUCUCUUAGGAAAUGGAUGGGCUACAAGAACACAUUCACCACUAUAUAGCUUUGGAAGUGAAUCACUGGAGAAGGGAACACAAGUUAUUGGAAUGAAAGAAAUGGUGGUCCCACUUACUGCUGGAAUUUUAUCUGCUUUGAGGAGAGUAUUAGCUCGGCGGGUGUCCCUUAAGAAUCAACUUAAAAGGCGACUUCAUGCAAUUAAUGUUGCUUCUGCUACAUGUUUUCUUUUUCCUUUUGCAAUGUGGGAUACAAUCCUGGGCUCGGCAUCUGACAGCAUAGUUAAACUGCAGUUUCCAAGCUGGGCGUACUUGAGUACUGUUUUGUUUGGAAUGGUGCUUAUAUUCUAUGUUGACAAUGUUGCCGAGGAAAAAUUGCAUCUGGUCUUCUCUUCUCCAAGACAUCUAAUGGUUUCAACAGGUUGCAUCAUUGUUUUGGAGAUACUGUACAAAAUGGAUUUCUCCCUUUUGGGCUUUCUGCUUUGUUCAGUGAUUUUAGGAUUUGGCAUUUUUGAAGCAACAUCCUUGGAGCGCUCGAAGAAAAGUCCUUUGGAGGCACAUGAACUAUCAAAUGGAUCAUUUCACAACCAGUUGCCAAUUUCUGCACUUCCAAGCUAAAAGUAUUAAAUCGGGCUAUAACAUGCGGACAUGCAUACUGUUGCACAUCUCAAACUUGUGGUUUCAAUCCACUUUUUUAAGGCUUCAACCACAGAUAGCUUUGGGUAUUUCGACCUUCAAAUUUUGCCUGUGAAUCUGUGAUCCUCCAUUGACAUUAGUAGUGCUGCUGUUCGUCGCUGCAACGCCCUGUAGAUGUAUAUUCAUGUUUGCAACGCAGUUCACUCGAUUGCCCCAAAAAAAAAAAAAUAUCCCUCUCCAUCCUCUAGCUAUAUGAUUAUUGCAAUCACUCAGUUGGACCUCCUUUUUUCCUAUGGAUUUGUAACCCAUGUGUAAAAUGAAGAUUACCCCUUGCCCGUGUACACAUUCCACCUCGAUUGAAUUCCGACUUCGGAAAGCAGCCAGCAUAGCAUGCUGCUUUCAUGGGUUAUGCAAAAAUUUUGUUCUAUGAAAUUCUGAAUUUUUACC